AUGGCUUUCACGUCCCGAGGCAUCGGAGUAGACUACGAUGGCGGAUGUGGAUCGAACAGCUCAGCCCGUUCUCUUGCCGUCUCUCGGUCUGACCCGAUCUCAAUCUUCGUGAAAGACUCAGCUCGCCACGGCGGUAGUGGUCAGCUUCCGCCAGUUGGAAACGAGCAUACGACCCGACAUUAUUCCUACGUUUCUGAGCUCGCCGCAGUGCCUCCCAAAUGGGGUGGUCGCGCGGCAGAGUGUGAAGGUUUGCGAUGGUGUUCUGCGCUCGUUGGCGGAGACGGAGGUGCGUUGGUAGAAUGUGUGCUUCUACUUCUAGGGUGGCAGUGGCCACCGUCUUGA